GGCUGGCCAUCGCAGGUCCGACUCCCGGCGCCGCUCUGCCGCCACCUCUCCAGCCAUGAAGACGCACUUCUGCAUCCCGCUGUCCCAGCAGCUCCCCGACACGCUCGGGGGCCGCUACGUGCUGUACUCCGUGUACCUGGAUGGCUUCCUCUUUUGCAAGGUGCGCUACAGCCAGCUGCAUGGUUGGAACGAACAGCUGAGGAGGGUCUUUGGAAAUUGUUUGCCACUCUUUCCACCAAAGUAUUAUCUGGCAAUGACCACAUCCAUGGCUGAUGAGAGGAGGGACCAGCUGGAACAAUAUUUGCAAAAUUUGACCAUGGACCCAAACGUAUUGAGAAGCGAUGUCUUCACCGAGUUUUUAAAACUGGUACAGCUGAACACAUUUAACAUCACUAUCAAGAAAACAUCUCUGGAUAUAUUUCUGCCCAAUGAAAGGAGUAUUAAAGUGGAAAUUCUAACAUCGGAUACUGCCGAAAGAGUCCUAGAGGUGGUGUCACACAAAAUUGAACUGUGUCGGGAGCUCUUGGACUACUUCGGCCUCUUUCUCUUUCGGUUUUGCAAGGAAGGCAAGCUCUCUCUGGUGAAAAAAUUGGCGGACUUUGAACUCCCUUAUGUUAGUCUUCGGAGUUCUGAAGUGGAAAACUGUAGAGUUGGACUCCGAAAGUGGUAUCUGGAUCCAGCCCUUGACUCCAUGCUGAUGGGCUGUAGAGCAGCCAUAGACUUGCUCUAUAUGCAGGCAGUACAGGACAUUGGAAAAGGAUGGGCCAAACCCACACAGGUGCAGAGGGAGAAAUUAGAAGCCCUCCAGAAAGAAGAUAAUCAAACAAAGUUUUUGGAGCUGUGCCGGGAGGUACAGCACUACGGGUACAUGCAGCUGGACCCGUGCACCUGCGACUGCCCGGAACCAGGCUGCGGGGCUGUCCUCUCCAUCGGCAACAGCGAGAUCAGCUGCUGCAUCACCCUGCCUGGUAACCAGACCCAGGACGUUGUUUUCCAGAUGAACAGGGUGAAGUGCUGGCAGGUCACUUUCCUUGGAACUCUGCUGGAUUUGGGUGGGCCCCAGCGAACUCUCAACCAGAACUUGGAGCUCAGAUUUCAAUACAGUGAAGAUAGUCGUUGGCAGUGGUUUGUUAUUUAUACCAAGCAGGCUUUUUUGCUGAGUAGCUGCUUGAAAAAGAUGGUCUCAGAAAAGAUGGUAAAGCUAGCUGCAGAGAAUCCAGAAAUGCAGAUUGAAGUCCCGGAACAAGGCAAAAGUAACAAAUACCACAUUCAGCAAAGCCAGCAGAAAGACUCUUCUAGUUUUCUGCCAAGAACAAGCAAGAUUAAGAUGGCUAAAGAUGACUGUGUUUUUGGGACCAUAAAGGAAGAAGAUCUUUGAAAAAAAGUCUCGUAUUUUAAAAUGUCCCAUAGUGCUAUCUCGAGACAGUGAAAGAACUUGGGGGUUGAGGUGGGCUUCCUACCCUCCGUGAAAGAAGUUUGACCUAUUCCUGUGUUUCUGGCAUUAGAAUAGCCUGUAUUCAGCACAUAGGCCUCAGCAGUUCAUGUAAAUCUCAAGAUUAGAAAUAGGAACCAAUGUGAGAGUUUCUUUUAGUUGCUCCUAAGUGGCAAGUCUGAGUCAAUUAAUAUGAAGCUCAUUCUAGUUUUUCCCCCUAAAACAGAUCUUUA